AUGGCCGUCGGCGACAGCGCCACCGCCACUCCGGCGGUGGCCAAGCUCUCCAUCUCCGGCGCGGCCCUGGCCGCGCUCCUACACCGCUGCGCGGUCGCCGCCGGCGACUGCGACGGCCUCCUCUUCGGCCGCGCCGCGCACCUGCCCGCGCCGCCGGCCGCCCUCUCCGACUACGACGACGCCGCAGCGGCGGCCCCUCCCACCCCCGCGCUCUCCAUCUCCGUCUCAGGCCACUGCUCCCUCUCCCAGCCCUCCUCCUCUCCGACUCCUCGGCCGCUUCCAUCCCCCUCCUCAUCCUCCCCAUCAUCGGCUUCUUCUCCUCCCGCCGCCGCACCGCGCUCCGCGCCCUCGAUGCGCGAGGCCGCGCUCGCCCACUCUCUCUCCGAAACCCUAUCCGCCGCCCAUCCGCUCCUCCUCAUCCUCGUCUCCCCCUCCGCCUCCCCCAACCACUCCACCCACUCCUACGACUACCGCGCCUUCCUCCUCCUCGCCGGCCGCCUCGUCCCGGCCUCGCUCGCCGUCGUCAACGUCGGGCCCGGAUUCCGGGACCAGUACCACGCCUUCACCGCCGAGUCGCCUAUGCCCUGGCUGCCGUCGGCUCCGGCGCCUGGGCACGCUCACACCAUCGGGGAGCAGAAGGCGGUGGAUGAAAUGGUGGACGGGUUUGGGGUCGCGAGGCUGCAGGGGGUCCUCGGCGCUGCGGCGGGGCAGGCGGCCGAGAUGGAUGAGAUGUACGCAGGGAUGCUCAGGAAGCUGGAGAAGCUCGCCAGGGAGGUGGAGAAGAGCAAUCUCCGUGUGCUCGAGCAGGUCUGGUUUUCCAAUCCUGUGAUUUCCGUCUGCACUAUUGAUGUUCAUCAUAGCUUUGGAUUCAACAUGCACAACUGUGCUGCUGUCUUAUCGAUUGGCUUAAUAAUUGGUUAA